CUGGCUCCCACUGUCUUACUCAGAAAAUACAGUGAUUCCCUGAGGUUGGCCGUUACCAUGGACGGGGUUUGUGUCCAGGAUGUCAGCUCUGCGUGUGGUGAGAGUUUCGGUCCGAAGUCGUACCUAUGUCUAGGAAACUUGCUCACGCAAUUCCAAGUGCGGGGCGAGCCCUUCGGCCUGCCUCAGGCAGUGUCCUGGCGGGAAUCCGAGAACGGACGCCAUUUUCCCCGCCAGGUCCCAUCGCGGACUACAUUUCCCAGAAACUACCGCGAACUCGAGGCAUCCCCUCCUUUUGCCUGCGGGACCCUCGUCGUCCGGAGAAGGGAAAGUGUGCGGGGAGCGGCCUAGGUCCUUGUUAGACUCCGCAGCUCAGCUCCUCCAGAGGUACCCAGUGGAGAAAAGAGCAAUGGCUGUGGACCAAGCCAAACAUAAGAAGUCGAUGGUGUUCAGUGACGUGUCUCUGGACUUCUCUCAGGAGGAGUGGGAGUGCCUGGGCCCUGCUCAGAGGGACUUGUAUAGGGAUGUGAUGUUGGAGAACUACAGAAACCUGCUGUCAGUGGGACUUCACAUUCCCAAGCCUCAGGUGAUCUCUUUAUUGGAGCAAGGCAAAGAGCCCUGGAUGAUUGGCAAAGAGCUCACGAGAGGCCUGUGCUCAGCUCUGGAGUCAAUGUGUGAAAGCAAGUUAUUAUCUCUAAAGAAGGAGGUUUAUGAAAUAGAAUCAUGCCAGAGGGAGUUAAUGGGACUUAAAAAGCAUGGCCUUGAGUACUCCAGUUUUAGAGAUGUUCUGGAAUGUGGAAACCAAUUGGGAUAUCAAAAUGGUCAUUUAAGUCAAGAAAUACUCAGUCGUGAAUACAUGCCCACAUUUGUUCAACAGACUUUCUUAACCCUACGUCAAAUUAUUAAUAAUGAUGAGAAACCCUAUGAAUGUAAAAAAUGUAGAAAGGUCUUUACUCAGAACUCACAAUUUAUUCAACAUCAAAGAAUUCAUAUUGGUGAAAAGUCUUACGAAUGUAAGGAGUGUGGGAAAUUCUUUAGUUGUGGUUCACAUGUUACUCGACAUCUGAAAAUUCAUACUGGUGAAAAGCCCUUUGAAUGUAAAGACUGUGGGAAAGCCUUCAGUUGUAGCUCAUACCUUUCUCAGCAUCAGAGAAUCCACACUGGUAAGAAGCCUUAUGAAUGUAAGGAAUGUGGGAAAGCCUUUAGCUAUUGUUCAAACCUUAUUGACCAUCAGCGAAUUCACACUGGAGAAAAACCUUAUGCAUGCAAAGUAUGUGGGAAAGCUUUCACAAAGAGCUCACAACUUUUUCAACACGUGCGAGUUCACACAGGUGAGAAACCUUACGAAUGUAAGGAAUGUGGCAAAGCCUUUACUCAGAGCUCAAAGCUUGUUCAGCAUCAGAGAACCCACACUGGGGAGAAGCCCUAUGAGUGCAAGGAGUGUGGGAAAGCCUUUAGUAGUGGCUCAGCACUUACAAAUCAUCAGAGAAUCCACACUGGGGAGAAACCGUACGAGUGCAAGGAGUGUGGGAAAGCCUUCACGCAGAGCUCACAGCUUCGGCAACAUCAAAGGAUUCAUGCUGGUGAGAAACCUUUUGAAUGUCUUGAAUGUGGGAAGGCCUUUACUCAGAACUCACAACUUUUUCAACAUCAGAGAGUCCACUCAGAUGAAAAGCCAUAUGAGUGUAAUAAAUGUGGAAAGGCCUUUAAUAAGUGCUCAAACCUUACUCGACACCUGAGAAUUCACAGUGAUGACAAGCCCUAUAGCUGUAAAGAAUGUGGGAAGACAUUUAGUAAUGAUUCAGACCUUGUUCGCCAUCAGGAGAUUCAUACUAAUGAAUAAUAAAAAUUUAUCUUGAGAGUUACUUUCUUUAACAUGGUUUGGCUAGGUAUUUAUAUUUUCAAUCCAAAUGCAUUUAACUGUAGAUUAUGAAUUCCAAGCCUACAUUUAUUCUCUCAUACCAAUGCUAGUUACUUCAUAGUUCUUAUAUUUUUAGGGCUUUUUUGUUUUUCUAAACUGUUUUCUGAUGCUUUAUGUGACUGCUUUAAUUGUGUAACCUGUAAUGAUUUGAAGUUCCUUGUAGAAUUCCUUUGUUAUAUUUGAGGCAGUGUCAGUCAUUUCGCUAUGUUUCAUGGCUUAUUUUUAUUUUUUUGUAUUCAUGAGCUUAUUUUAUUUUUUUAUUGUAAAAAAAAUUAGAAAACUAGAAAAUUGAAAUGAACUGCUAUAUUGAUUGUAGAUGACGACUAUCAAAUUGAUAGAACUAACUUGGCUGGAUUUUGCUUUCUAAAAACAAGAGUCCUGGUAUUUAUGUUCUUCCUUCAUCUGCUUUUAUCAUGCUAAAAACAGUAUAAUAAUUGCUUUCCCAGCAAUACAAAGUUUAAUGACUUACUUAAUAUCUUUUAAAUGACUAUUGUUCAUGUUAUGAUGGUGGCUUCUAAAGUUUUGCAUUUUUAAAAAACUAUCUCCAUUAUUAUGACCCCAAACUUACGUUUGGAUGUUUGAUGUUUUGUGUCUUUUAAAUUAAAAAGCAUUUCUUUUAAUGCUGAUUUUAUUAAUCUUUUCUCCUUGUAUGCUAUUUUGUUCCUUUUUAUUAACCCUAAUCCUAAUGUCAUGUCAGAAAGGUAAUUACAAUUAGCAAAGUGUUAUUUCUCCAGUUUUUUUUGUCUUAUAUAUGUUAUCAGUAGCUAUUUCUUAUUUUAUAUAUGUUAUCUGUAGUAGUUUCUUAUUUUUACAUAUGCAGUCAUGUGUAUGCAUUGGUUUGAUGUGAGAACUCAAUGAAUUCAUAACUAUAAAGAACUUAGAUCUAUUCCUAGCAUACAGUAUACAUUUAAUAAAAGGUUUCUGUAUUGUCAUU